UUUAUUGAUGAACGAGAAAGAUUACAUAUAAUUUUGAGAAAAUGGAUUCAAGAAGAAUAGACGCAAUGUUUCAAGAAGUUGGAGAAAAUCCAAUAGAUUUAUUUACUUCAAAUGAAAUUAUAGACACUAUACAACUGUAUGACUCAACUAUUGAAAUAGUUGGUUACAUAGAUGGAAUUGAUUCUACAAGAUAUGUUGGAAAUAAACUUCAAUAUAAAUUCUUCAAGUUUUAUUUAAAUAAUGGAAAUGGUAGACGCAUCCAAAUUGUCGCAUGGAAUGAUCAAAUUGAAAGAAUAGAACAUCACAUAAUGAGUAAUUAUGUAAGUACUAAGCAUUAUCAGGACGAUAUGGCUACUUAUACGAACGAGGAAUAUUACGAUAUGCUGAUGGUACUCGGAGAGUGCCAUGGGCAAUAUCACGUUGCUGCGAGACGAUACGCCGAUUUGUAUCCCAAUCGUGCAAGACAUCCAAGCGCCAGCGUUGUACUUCAGGCAGCUCAAAGAUUAUUUGAAACUGGCAGCGUCUUACCGAAGAAGAAAGAUACCGGCAGACAUCGCAAU